AUGGCGACUCCUUGGUUCCAUCCGGACUCGUCCGCCCUGAGCCUUUUGCGCAGCUUCCUCUCACAGUGCUGGCCCCCAGCACCAGCCUUUGCCCCCCAAGACCUUAUUGCCCAGGGCUCAGCAGCAGGCCGCGUCUUCAUCGUCACCGGGGCCAACUCCGGAAUCGGGCUUGAGCUAGUUAAGACCCUGCACCUUGGCGGUGCCAUCGUCUACCUGGCCUGCCGCUCCGCCGAGCGCGCAGCAAAGGCCAUCGACGAAGUCAAGAGUGCCUACCAAAACACCACCCACGCGGAUGACGCCCCCGAAUGUGGCACCCUCCACUUCCUGCCCCUGGACCUCGCAGACCUGCCCUCCGUCCACGCCUUCGCCGCGGCGUUCGCAGCUCGUGAGUCCCGCCUCGACGUGCUCUUCCACGUCGCCGGCGUGGCCAACGAGCCCCGCGGCACCACGACGGCGCAAGGGCUCGAGGCGCACCUGGGCACCAACUGCGUCGCGCCCCUCGCCCUGACGCAGGCCCUGCGCCCGCUUCUCGCCGCCACCGCCUCCCUCCCGGGAGUGGCCGCCGGCUCCGUGCGCGUCGUCUGGACGGCCUCGCUGUCGAUGGAAACGUUCACGCCCCGGGGCGGCGUGGACUUUGCCGCGCUCGAGCACGACGCGGCCCUGUUGCAGGUCCACCCGUGGCGCGCGUACGGCGUGUCCAAGUGCGGGAACUGGUUCCUCGCGCGCGAGUGCGCCCGCCGGUUCCGUGACGACGGCGUCGCCAGCGCGGCUGUCAACCCGGGGCAGCUCCGCACGGACGCCUGGCGCCACGUCUCGGGCCCUAUCAUGUGGCUGAUGAGGCCGACCAUGUACGAUGCCCACAUGGGCGUGCUGUCGAUGCUGUAUGCCGGCUUUGCGCCCGACGUGGCUGCCGGGGGGAAUAAUGGGUGCUACGUGAUGCCGUGGGGGCGGAUCAUGCGGCGCUGUGCGCGCGAGGACAUCGAGGAGGCGUUGCGUGGCGGCGCGGCUGAGCGCUUUUGGGAGUGGUGUGAUUCAAAGGCACGGGAGGUGUUCAAGAAGGGAGUAUGA